CUAUUUUCCGUUACACUGCUAUUUGCGACCGCUGUUGAUGUGAAAUUCAUUCAUGAGUCUUUAGCGGUGUCGGUCAGUGGUACAGCUACACCCUCCUCUUUUUGAAACCCUGUCCUAAACUAGUUUAGUUUACAAUGGCGACGACCCCAGUUACUCAAGAUCAAGAAAGCGCACUCUAGAAGAGGCAUUGGAGCGAAGGUUUGCCGUUGCUAAAACCGAGUUUCUUGAACAACAUAAGAAGAACAAUAAGACAUUUGUGGAGGAAGAUGGAAAAGGAACUCCUAGCAGUAAUUCCUCUUUUCUCAACACUCGCAUCGCAACUCCCUCCAAUUCCUCAUCAAAGAAAGGAAAUUUCCUUUUCUCGAGUCCCUCUAGUUUGCAAGUUUUCCAACAAAAAAGGAAGCAGGGCUGAUAAGAUAUUGCAUGAGCUUCGUCAAGGUGGGGAUUCAGCUCAGAAAUAUAUGCAAAGAUCUAGAAGUAUCAAAUUCGACAAUUGGAUCCUUCUUGAUAAUUUUGUGAAAGGGCGAGUUAUGUCUACGGGCUCUCAAAUCAGGGCUUUGAAGACCCACUCUAAGCGCUCUAAAAGACAUAUGUUGAUGAAGCAACUUAAGAAAUCGGGAGUACUUGAACUGCCUCAAGAUAAUCAAAAGUUUGAUACAUUUAAACCAAUGCAUGAAAUGUGGAAAGGCUAUAUGAGUCAACUUCUUAAAACUACUGGGAAAAAUCAGUUGGCUCAAUGUAUUAUUUGUGCGGAUCUACAUGGUGCCCUCAUUCUAGUAGCUGAGUGCAACGUAACUAAUUUCACUGGAGUGAGUGGCAUUAUGAUUCGGGAAACUGCGGAAACAUUUGGUAUAAUAACCCAUGACAGUAAACUCCAAGGUAAUCCAGCCAUCGUUUUGAAAGCCGUACUAUUUCUGGUAUCGCUAAUUAUAACUUUUUUCUAUUGAGUACCAUUUAUUUGCUGUACCUGCACUCACA